UCAAAAUAUCACAGUGUACUCGGAGAAGUGAGAACGGGCAGCUGACGGUGUCCAAGUCAACACGGUUGCUUGAAAAGCUGCAUUCAUUUCAUGUAAUACGUAAACCGGACGCGAGGAUUCAUCAUGUUCGUCAGACUCGGAAGCAUGCUGUUGCUGUUGCUGUUGCUGUUGCUGCAGUUUGGACAUUCACUCGGGGCCCCUGGUUCAUUCAGCCUGGAUUACCAGAAGGACUGCUUUCGGAAAGAUGGAGAAGAGUUUCGCUACAUAUCAGGAAGCAUCCAUUACAGUCGGAUCCCCCGAGUCUACUGGAAGGACCGACUGCUCAAGAUGUACAUGGCAGGACUGAAUGCCGUCCAGACGUACAUUCCCUGGAACUACCACGAAGACUUUCCGGGCCGGUACAAUUUUAGUGGAGACAGAGAUGUGGAAUAUUUCCUUCAGCUGGCUCAAGACAUAGGUUUAGUGGUCAUCCUUCGGCCUGGACCCUACAUAUGUGCAGAGUGGGACAUGGGUGGGCUGCCUGCCUGGCUGCUCAACAAGAAAGACAUUGUGCUGCGCUCCUCAGAUCAAGAUUACAUCACAGCAGUAGAUGAGUGGAUGGGGAAGUUACUGCCAAUGAUGAAGCCUUUUCUCUACCAGAACGGUGGUCCUAUCAUCACUGUACAGGUGGAGAAUGAAUACGGCAGUUAUUUUGCCUGUGACUACAACUACAUGCGCCACCUGACGAAGCUGUUCCGGUCUCACCUUGGUGAGGAGGUGGUGCUCUUUACCACAGAUGGAGCUGGGCUCAGCUUCCUCAAGUGUGGCUCAAUACAAGGUCUCUACGCUACUGUUGACUUUGGGCCAGGUUCAAAUGUAACCGCUGCCUUUGAUGCACAGAGACACGCUGAACCUCGUGGACCUUUGGUGAACUCUGAGUUUUACACUGGCUGGCUGGAUCACUGGGGGUCCGCCCACUCUGUUGUGUCGUCUGCCAUCGUGGCAAAGACCCUCAACGAGAUGCUUGCUGUGGGAGCAAACGUCAACCUAUACAUGUUCAUAGGAGGGACAAACUUUGGAUACUGGAAUGGGGCCAACGAUCCAUACGGCGCACAGCCCACAAGCUACGACUACGAUGCCCCGCUCACGGAAGCAGGAGACCUCACGGAGAAGUACUUUGCUAUUCAAGAGGUGAUCAAAAUGUACCAUAAGAUACCAGCGGGACCAAUACCACCCACAACUCCAAAGUACGCAUAUGGGACUGUUGGGAUGAAAAAGCUCCAGACGCUAUCCGAUGCCUUAGAAACACUGUCUCUCUCUGGCCCCGUCAAAAGCAAAUAUCCUCAGACUUUCAUUGAACUGAACCAGGCAUUUGGUUAUGUCCUCUACAGGACCACUCUACCUGUUAACUGCAACACACCAACUCCACUGUCAUCUCCACUGAACGGCGUCCAUGAUAGAGCGUAUGUGUCCGUGGACGGGGUGGCUGUGGGGAUUCUUGAAAGGAAUAAAGUCAUAACUAUCAACGUGACUGGGAAAGCUGGCAGUCAGGUGGACUUACUGGUGGAGAACAUGGGCCGAAUCAACUAUGGAAAGAACAUCAAUGACUUUAAGGGCCUGGUGUCCAACAUGACUCUGGGGAAGGAUACGCUCACUGGCUGGACCAUGUACAGCCUCAGCAUCGAUGACGCAGUCAGUCAGGGUCUUCUCGGUGAAACGAAACCAACAGACCCACCUCCGCCUCCUGCUCUCUCCCUGCCAGCCUUCUACAAGGGAAGCUUCAUCAUUCCUGACAGCAUCCCAGACCUCCCCCAGGACACCUACAUCAAGCUGCCCAAAUGGAAGAAGGGGCAAGUUUGGAUUAAUGGCUUCAACCUCGGACGUUACUGGCCAACCCGAGGCCCUCAGGUGACACUUUUUGUCCCUGCCAACAUACUCAGCACUGCUGCACCCAACAAUGUGACUGUUCUGGAGCUGGAAGAAGCUCCCUGCAGCUCAGGGCCAUGCAGUGUGGAGUUUACUGCCACCCCCAUCCUGAAUGCAACAGUCCAGUCCGACUACAAAUGGGAAAGGAGGCUUUUCAUUAAAGAUGAUUUGUUGUGAUAUUAAGGGAACUUCCUGCUCCACAAAAGGAAUCAAUUUGCACUAUUCUAUUUGCCGAUGUACAAAACUCAAAUCUGCACGUGUGUGAACUCGAUGUAUGCGUGAUUUAAAAAAAAAAAAGAAGAAAAAAAAAAAGCUGGAAUAUAUGAAGGAAAGGUUGAUUUGUGUCACAUCAGUGAUUGAAUUUGUCUUUAUGAAAUGUGAAGAUGGUGUUUUUAGCCAAAUAAUGUAUUUAACCAUCACAUCAACUGUGGGUGUCUCUACCUCACUGAAUCUGCAGGAAAAUACUGUCUACAACAACAGAUGCAUUGUGGGACUGCUGACAUGUAGCUUCUAUUAGCUUUGAAAUAUUUGUUGUAUGUACUCUGAUUUAAUGCUUGUUGAGCAUUUGGGCUUUUGGAACAUAACAUAAACAUAUGAUUGGAUAAUA